GGAAUUUCCCGUGAUUCUUGGCAUAAGAGGCGAAACACUGGUGGUAAGAAAACAGCAAUUAGAAAAAAGAGAAAGUAUGAGCUUGGCCGACCACCAGCAAAUACUAAGGUAGGGUGGAAAAAGAAAAGACUCUUUUUUUUGUGAGAUUUCUUUUUCUGGAAUGAUUGCUGAUUACAUAUUAAGGGUGGGUUCAUUGGCAACAUACACGUAUAGCUGUCACCUUUGCCUGUCGAUAUUUUUUACUGUUCUUAGGCUUAGGCUCAGCAAAUUAACUUGUUUUCAAAGGCCAAUGAUUAUAGAGGUGAACGUGUCCUGAGACAUGUAAGCAGUAAAAUUCCCUUCUGUCUGGAAUUUAUUUACACUAGCAUUCAUGUGUUGAAUUAGGCUGUGUUGGUGUUUGCUUGCAGCUUGGAAGUAAGCGUAUUCACAAUGUACGCACCCGUGGAGGAAACCAAAAGUUCCGAGCACUGAGACUGGAUACUGGCAACUACUCUUGGGGCUCUGAAAGUAUGUGCUGAUUUAUAUUACAGUGAAACCUCUAUUAAGCGGACACCUUCAGGACCUUUCCAAGUGUCCACUUAAUAGAGGUUGUAAAAAUUGUGCAAUGUUUGUUAACGAUCAACAUUCAAUGGUUACUCUGUACUGUGAUAAAGUUGCGUGUUGUUAAAGAAGCUAUCCAGAGUUCAAGUUCAUUAUCUUUCAUUGCCAACUUUAAUUUGUUUGUAAAGGCAAAAACAUUAACUGAUUUCAGUCCAUAUUUCAAGGACGUAAUCCAAUACUACUAUUGUCAAUUCAGUCCAGUGUCCGCUUAAUAGAGGUUUUUAACAAUAGAAAUAGCCAAAUACACCUUAUUUUAGUGUCUGUGUCCGCUUAAUAGAGGUGUCCGCUGAAUAGGGGUUCAUUAUAAAGGGAAUUAUAAGACAUUAAUUUCGGGACCUGGCUCAGUGUCCGCUUAAUGGGGGGUCCGCUUAAUAGAGGUUUCACUGUAUAUUCAUUUACAAGGCUGUCACUUAGAUUUUAACCCUUUAACCACCUAGAGUGAUCAACUUCAAUAUUCUCUUAACAAUAGCCGUACAUCAUUAGAGAAAAGUUUAUGAGAAGUAAUAAAGUAAUCACCAAAAUGGAAAUGCUUGAUGCUUUAAGUUGUCUGUUGUCUUACCUUUACCAACCCUUUGAGAAUAUUGAAUUUUUUGUGUUCCCAGCAUAUUGCCAAACAUAAGCUUCCAAGGGCAACAUGAUGAAACUAUUUGGUGGAAGAGUGUGUUGCUGUUUUGGCAAUUACAUCACUCUUGUGACCAUAUUUGUCAUAGUUACACUGAUUGCCCCCCUCUCCAAAUAUUACUUUUCCACAAUACAAAUUGCUUUUCUUUUAGCUGUAAAAUGUAAGUACAAUAUCAACAUAGUAGAUUUUUAUGUAUACUUUGUUUAACUAUCCUAGUGUACAACUUACAUUGUCUGUCCAGUUGUGUUCCCAACAUAUUGAAAAAUUUUGGCUUGGGUGGCCAAGCUAAAGUACAUGUAUAAAAAUUAAAAUAGCAAGUUUGCAGAGAAUUAUUAUCCCCGUCUGUGCUUGUUUGAGAUGAUAGUUGGAAAACUGUUCUCAUUGUGAUUAGUACUGUGCAAUAACAUGUAUUUUCGUGAGAGGGACGCAUCAGAUUGUCCUCAUUACCCAGAGUGGUAAACCUUAUGACAAAGGUGUCAAUGGAAUUCUUAUUAACUUUUUACCUGACAGGCUAGCUUAUGUUUGAUUGUUUGUUUGUUAUGCUCAUGUAUAGGCGUGACCCGCAAGACCCGUGUCAUUGAUGUGGUGUACAAUGCAAGCAACAAUGAGCUGGUGCGAACUAAGACUCUUGUAAAGAACUGCGUUGUUCAAGUAGAUUGGGUUAGCUGCACCCUUUGA